AUGGAGAGUGCUGUAAUUAAAAAUUGUGAUGAACAAAAAUGGGAAGCUGAGGAAGAAGAAGAAGCGUUGUCGCUGUGUGAUUUGCCUGUCAAUUUGAUUAAAGAAGAGAACCAGGUGGUCCAAGAAGAAGAUGGUGAACCGGCUCAAACGAGUCAAACAAAAGAAGAUUUCAACUUUGGUUCAUGGGGUGGCUCUCUUUCGAUAAAACCAGAGAUGUGUGCAGCUGAUGAAGUGUUCUUCAAAGGCCAAAUUCUACCACUGCGUCACUCCGUCAGCUCGGACAGUGGAAUAAAUGGGUUCCGGCAAGACAGCCACAACACCAGCAUCAGCUUGUCGAGGUCAGAGUCCAUGGACCAUGGUUCAUUAAGUAGGUUCACAAGUGUUAGUAGCAGCAGCACUAGAAGCAGCCAGUAUACAACAAGCAGCAAUAAUUCAAUGGCUGCGAGAAUGGAAAGUCCCAAUCCCAAGCCAAAGGCCAUCAAAAUCAGAAACAACUUCAAUACAUAUCCGAGCCCCAAGCCACAAAUCAGAUUGUCCAAAACCCGAACACCAAACAGCCGAAACCAUAGAUCAUCGAUGUGGGAUUUUUUCAGAUUAGGCUUGGUUCGAGCACCGGAGCUUGAAUUCCAAGACUUGAAACUACGUAGCAACAGCAACGACAACAACAACAACAACAAUGGCAAUAAAAAUUCCGUCAGCCGAAACAGCAGCUGUAAUAGCAGUAAAAGCAGUUCGAGCACCAAGAAUGUUCUUAACAAUGGCAGCGCAGAAGUAGCAAAGAAUCAGCAAGAUUUGAACAUAGGGUUCUUAGAAAAGAGAAUGGGAUUGUUUAGCGGAUGUACAUGUUCUGUUAAUGCAGUUGAAACAGUUCCACUGAACAACGUAGUCUUCACCAAAAGUAACAAGAACAGUGAGAAAGACAAAGCAACACCACAUGUUGCCGCCAUUGAAGAUAAAAAGAAGAAAAAGCAAGCUUUGUCUCGUCAUCGAACCUUUGAAUGGAUAAAGGAGCUUUCACAUGCAAGCUAUGUUGAUGACGCCAUAAAGAAAGACUCGUGA